AUGCCUUCCGAAGUCUCCGAUAUCAAGCAGUUCAUCGAGAUCUGCCGCCGCAAGGACGCCUCCUCUGCCCGCAUCAAGCGCAACCGCAAGUCCCAGCAGAUCAAGUUCAAGGUCCGCUGCCACCGCAACCUGUACACCCUGGUCCUCAAGGACUCCGACAAGGCCGACAAGCUCAAGCAGUCCCUGCCUCCCGCUCUGAAGGUCGUCGACGUCUCCAAGGGCGACAAGAAGAAGUCUCUGUAA